AGCAGUCGAAUGUAGACGGCAACGGCAGUCUAUCAUCUAUCGGGCAGUCGUAAUCAGUCGUUUGCGAUCUCCGACGCGGGUCGGUUGUUUCAGCGUUUUCAGUUCGCGUCGUACGUAGCUACUGCGAUACGGAUAUCGGCGAAGUAAAAGUGAAUUUAUUUUAACUUUUGUUUCCUAAAUAUUAUGUGAUAUUUAUUUUUUAUUUUAUGGUUUAAUUUGUUUUUGUUUUUAUUAAGUGAUUUAUUUAUUGCGACGGCGAUUUUAUCACCGGGAAUCGAUUCCACCGAGCUGGGUCAUGUUUAUUCAUCUUCACUUGCAUCACUGACUCGCCACCAUCAUUCCGAAGUCGCGUCAGAAGACACCAAGAUGUACACGCAAACGAAGAGAUAAAAAGUACCACAAGGACAAAAGUCCCACCAUGUUCUCCCUUGCUGAGGGGUGUGGUUGCGUCAGCUUUCGAGGGGGGAGACGAACUCGCUCCCAAGCCGAUGAUUCGUCAUCUUGCAGAAGUUCCGAGUUGGAACAAGAAGUGCCAAAGAGGCUCGGAAAGAGGGUACUUAACGGCGAAUGCACCAUGAAAGCUUUAGCUCCAUUCCUGAAGUUUUGGCGAAGGGAUGACGUCAGCAUGACUAAAGCUGAGAGAACCAUGAAAGCGGCCAUCCUGAUUCAGCAGUGGUAUAGAAGAUACUUAGCGCGUAUGGAGGUUCGUAGGAGGUACACUUGGACCAUAUUCCAGAACAUCGAGUACGCUGGCGAACAAGAUCAAGUCAAGUUAUAUAACUUUUUCAACGCGCUAUUGAGCCACAUGAGGGACACCAGUGGGCGUCCCUCGUCGGAGAGAACCUCAAGGACCGCUUCUGUUUUGGAACAAGUAUUUUCGGAGGAGUCAGACGAAGGCGGGGGAGUGGACGAGACGGCGCCCCCCAAGCCCGCGCGCGGACCUGACAUAGAGUUUCCGCUACAACGAAAGGAUAUUGACCUACUGAUUGAGGCAUUUAGGAAAAAGAAGCAUCGUUUACACCCAAAACACGUGGCGCAAAUAUUAAAGGAGGCGACCCAAGUACUGAAGAGAUUGCCUAACAUUAAUGUGGCAACGACAUCCAUUUCCAGCCAGAUAACCGUGUGUGGAGACUUGCACGGGAAACUUGAUGAUCUACUUGUCAUAUUCCAUAAGAAUGGUCUGCCGUCGCCCGAAAACCCAUACAUAUUCAACGGAGACUUUGUAGAUCGCGGCAAAAAGGGGCUAGAAGUGUUCCUUCUGUUGUUGGCAUGCAUGUUGGCGUUCCCGGGCGGUGUUUACCUAAACCGCGGUAACCACGAGGAUCUUAUUAUGAAUUCUAGGUACGGGUUUAUAAAAGAAGUUCAUAUGAAAUAUCGGCACAAUGCAGAGCGUCUAUUGAAACUGAUCGAGUGUGUAUAUCGCUGGCUGCCUCUAGGCACGAUAAUUAACAACAGAGUGUUUGUAGUACAUGGCGGCAUAUCUGAUACCACCGAUCUUGACAUGAUACGCAGUCUUGAACGCGACAAGUACGUAUCUCUCCUGCGGCCACCUGUCAUCGAGGGUUCCACCGCUGGCGCUGAGGCCAUAGACAAAGUGGAAUGGAAACAGGUAUUCGAUAUAUUGUGGUCUGAUCCACAAUGUAUUGGUGGAUGCGUGGCCAACGCUCUUCGGGGCGCAGGCACAUAUUUUGGGCCAGAUGUGACUGCGUCUUUCCUACAGAAGAACAAGUUGAGUUUCAUCGUCAGAAGUCAUGAAUGCAAGCCCGGAGGAUACGAGAUAAUGCAUAAUGGAAACGUAAUAACAAUAUUUUCUGCGUCCAAUUACUACGAACUGGGUUCUAACAAAGGCGCAUACUUGAAACUUUGCGGAAAUUCACUAGAGCGACAAUUUGUACAAUACACGGCAGCCGUAUCCCGCACUCGACGUUUGACGUUCCGCCAAAGAGUGGGCCUCGUGGAAUCUUCUGCUAUGAGGGAAUUACACAAUCAGAUCAUAAUGGUCAGAAGAUCACUGGAAGCUACGUUUCGUAGCAUGGAUUUGGAUCAAAGCGGUUACAUAUCGAUCGGCGACUGGUGCCAAGCCAUGGAGGAGACCACACAUCUAGGACUGCCUUGGAGGAUGCUGAAGGAUAAACUCGUCCGCACUGACCCUGACACUCGUAAAGUGCGUUACAUGGACACUUUUGAACUCAGCACUACAAGACUCGGGCGAAAAACUGACACUCCAACAGUCGUUGAGACGCUUUACAAAAACAAAAGAAGUUUGGAAGCGAUUUUCAAAAUUCUUGAUAAGGAUAAUUCAGGUUACAUAACCCUAGAGGAAUUUUCUGAGGCUUGUCAACUAAUUGGAAAAUAUAUGCCCAACCCAAUGACCCAAGAGCAAUUAGUUGACAUUUGCAGGCUUAUGGAUAUAAAUAAAGAUGGUCUCGUUGAUUUGAAUGAGUUUCUGGAGAGCUUCCGUCUCGCAGAAAAGAGUUUGCAUGAAGAAGAACACGAGUUUGCUGAGAUGCAAGCCACUUGACAGGAGCUGGACCGUCGCCCAAGCAGAACGGCGGUCGAUAAACAUGAGACUGGGCUCGAGAUUGAAAUCCUCAAACUUGAUGACAAUGAAGAAGGCAACACGGGAAAAAACAAGAACGGACAAGCCAAUUUACUGGAUGAAUGCGUCCCUGGCGCCUCUAAAACAAUGGAAGACAUCGAGUUAAUCGAUUAUGAGGAUAUUAAGCGACCUGGCCUAUUAGAAAGUGAUAUUUAAAGUUUUAUAAUGCUUCACUGCCUGCCUUUAAAAGAUCUUGGAAUUUUAUGUACCCUUGAAAAGAUUUUAUAUUUCUAUCGACGUAAUUUUACUCGUUGUUCUUAUAUUAUGUUAAUGUGUGAUUCUGUUUUCGUCUGCGGGGUUUUAAUCUGUUAAUAUGAUCUGUAACGGUUUGAUAUUGUUUAUUAUUUAUUCUUGUAUAAGUAUAAAAAUUCUAACAUUCUUGAUGUAUUCAAUUAUAACUUUCCUAAAAUCUCAAUGCUCGAGAUGUAUUCUAAUAACCUUUUUAGAUACUAUGACAUAAAACCUAUUGGAACUUAAUAUAGCUUAGUCUAUUUUCAUAUUAAAAUUCAUUUAUAAAAUUGGUGCCAAUUAAAAAGAAAUAUAAGAUAACAAAAUUCUACAAUGGUCAAACAUUAUUUAAAUUUAUAUUGUGUGAGAUGAGAUCAAUUAACGAAUGGGAACAAUGAUAUCGAUGAUUAUAAGGCAAUAUAUAUUACCUAUAUACUUAGUCAGAAUCAGUAUAUUUUACACAAUUCGGAAAAGUUUUUACUCAAUUAUAUUAUUCAGAAAAUAUCGUCUUUCUGCUAAAUGUAACAUUUCACCAUUUGUGGUUAUUAAUACAUAAUAUUAUGGAAAUUCUUUCUAUUCUAGACUAAGUCUGUUAGAUUAUUAAAAUAUAUCUUUUGAAUUCAAAUUCAUAUUAUAUAGUAUAUCUAUAAAUUAGCGUGUGUAAUAAUCAAUUGUAGAUGAAGAUGUAUGCAUACAUAUCUUUAUAUUCAAUCAUUAAGCAUUCCAAUCUAUAUUUAUAAAAUUAAAAACAGAUUUAUAUCAUCUGAAGUAUGUAGAGUAAUAUAAAGUGUUAUAUGCAUAAAAUGAGAAAACAUUAUGUUCUUGUAUUUACAAAUUCGUAAUGUUUAACUAGACGCUUUGGAUUUUGGUAAUAAUUAAUGGCUUAAAUAUGAAGUGCUUUUUGGGAAAUUAUGAAACUUAACUUUUAGAUAACUGUAUAACGUAAAACUUAUUUGACAAUCUGUACUUUCAAAGAUUUCGCUCGGUGAAUAGGUAAAUCGAAACAGUAUUAGCGUAUUCGAUUUACGCAAUAAAUAUAUUUAAAAUACUGUUACUUGUCACCCAAUAGCAUUUUCAACUAUAAAUAAAUACUCAUAUUUUAUAAACAAUGUAAUUAAAUACUAUAUUUCGCUCUCGGAAUUUAUGAAAUUCUUAUUUUAAUUUUAUACUGUACUACUUUAUCUUAAAAUUUUUCUCACUAUUACGAUUCUCUAGCUAAUAUAUUGUGUAUUUUUAAUAUUAUUGUCCAAUAAAUUGUGAUAUUGCAA